AUGAAUAAUUCCAAAAUAAAUUUUUUCCCAGACAUCUCAAAUACAGAUAGCGAAUAAGAGACUCCUCAUUCUCCUAUCAUAGGGAGAAGAACAUCUUAGAUAAAAUUGAUUCUUCAAGAUUCGACUAACUUAAACAAUGGAAACCAGCCAGAUUAGCAAGGACCACAAGAAAAGCUAACACUUUAUGAAGCAUUUUCAAAGAUAAGAAGAGAAAGCGUAGUUGUUAAGGCAUUUUAAAACAGUCCUAAGAAUAGCUAAAAUAGCUAGGAUAGUAAUCAAAUAUAAACCUGCAAAGUAACAUACAAUAAUCCAGCAGAUAUACCUACUAUUCCUCUUGCUGAUUUGCUAAUGCAAAAAAAGCUAGUAGCUAAUUUGCAUUAUAACACAUCGAAAUUCGAGUGCGCUUUUGAUAAAAUUAAAAUAGAAGAGUGCAACUACAUAAAAGAUACAGUUUUUUAUUAAGAACAAAUGACUGCUGCCAAAAAUGUUUUAGAAUCUUUGAAAUUAAGAGAUUAAUACUAAUUUAUUCGCACACAUUCAAUUGAUGGCUUACAAAAUUAUGUUGAGAUUGACGAAGAUGGCAAUCCUUAUAUAGACUGGAAGAAACAUGAAGUCUAACUCUUACCCCCUGCUACAGACACCACGUUGAUAUGCUAAGAGGGUAUAAUUAAAUAUGCCAAAGAUGGAAAGGUGCCUGUAGAAUACUAAAAAAUACCUUCUAUUGUUGAUUACGUUGAUGACAUUUUUUUCAUUUUAGAGAUGAUAAACAACAAAGUUAAUAAAACUAUCUGCUAAGAGCGUAUUUCCCUACUUAAACAGAAGUUUUAGAUGCACUAAACGUUAAACAAUGCUAAAGAACUGAUAGAUCAAAAGAAUAUUUGGGGUCGUGACUUCUACAAUACAGCAAAAGUUGAUAACCAUAUUCACCAUUCUGCUGCUAUGAACGCUCAACAACUUUUGAAAUUUAUUUUAAACAAAAUAGAUACUGAAGGUGAUGUAACAGUGAUUCUAGAUCCCGUUACGAAGGAACCUCUUACACUCAACUAGUUGUUUUAGAAGUUUGAGCUGACUAAACAAAAAAUUACUCUAGAUAGUUUAAGUGUCAAGGCUGAUAGAACUAUUUACAUGAGAUUUGACAAUUUUAAUAACAAAUACAAUCCUCUAGGACAACCAAUUUUUAGAGAAGUAUUCAUGAAGACAGAUAACUAUUUAGAAGGUAGAUACUUGGCUGAACUUACAAGAGAGAUGAUUUAAAAGCUUGAACAUGACAAAUACGUUUUCACAGAAUGGAGGUUAUCUAUUUAUGGAAAAAACAGAUUAGAAUGGAAGAAACUAGCCCACUGGGUUUAAUCUAAUAAAUUACAAUCGAGAUAAAACAGAUGGAUGAUUUAAAUUCCAAGAUUAUAUUCUGUUUAUAAAAACGCAGGUCUUGUCGAUAAUUUCUAGAAUAUGCUUGAUAAUAUUUUCAUGCCACUUUUUGAAGUUACACUCAACCCUGAAGCUGAUCCAGAAUUAUACAGAUUCUUAAUUUCACUUGCCGGUUUUGACACUGUUGAUGAUGAAAGCUCUUUAGAGCAUUUCUUUGUCGAUGAUCUAAAGACCACUCCCAGUCAAUUCACCUAAAGUACAAAUCCUCAUUAUGCUUAUUGGGUUUAUUAUAUUUAUGCCAAUAUAUCUUCUUUAAAUCUCUUAAGAAAAGAAAGAGGAUUGAAUACUUUUAAGUUCCGCCCACAUUGUGGAGAAGCUGGAGAUAUUGAUCAUUUAAUAUGUGCCUUUUUGCUAAGUGACAGUAUAAACCAUGGAAUUUUACUUGAACAGAAUCCUGUUUUGCUUUAUUUGUAUUAUCUUAAACAAAUAGGACUAGCUAUGAGUCCUCUUUCAAAUAACAAGCUAUUUUUAAAGUAUGCAAAAUCUCCAUUUUUUGAUUUUUUCAAAAUUGGUAUUAAUGUAACUCUGUCAACUGAUGAUCCAUUAAUUCUUCACACCACUAAUGAUCCUUUACUUGAAGAAUAUGCUAUAUCAGCUUAAAUUUGGGAUUUGUCAUCUGUAGAUAUAGCUGAAUUAGCUAGAAAUUCAAUUAAGCAAAGUGGAUUCGAAAAAUUCCUCAAAUACCACUGGGCAGGAGAGUAUGAUAAAUACUAGGCUGAAUCAAAUAGGAUUUUGUUUUCAAACUUGCCAUAGAGCAGAUACAUGUAUAGAUUAGAAACACUACGCAACGAAUAUUUGUUUUUACAUUAAUUAAAACAUGAAAACAAUAUAUGA